AUGAUCGCAGUCUGCCUAUUGAGCUGCGGUCUGCUGAUGCCUUCACACUGUGCACCUGCGCAUCAAGAGGCGAUGAGGGUGAGAAUCAAUGACGAAACUUCAGUGCCUGUUGAGCUGGAGUCUGCCCAUGCCUUCACACUGUGCAUUGGCUACCGCGAAACUGCGCUUGUCACUGGCCUGGAUACGGAAUUCGGCUGGUCGUUGAGCUGGAAUCCACACUGGGCCCCUGGUGCGUUCGCACUGUACACUGGCUUAUCUCAACAAGCGAUCAUGGCGAUACACCAUCAAGACGAGAAUCGGCGAGACAUCGACAGCGUUUACGCCGAGCACAACAACCCCUUCAAUGCCCGCGACUAUUUCGGAGCAUGCGCGCUUGCCAAGCAAGGAGGCCGUACGACAUAUUCUGCUCAGGACAUGCCCACCAAGGUUCGGCUCGCACCCAUAGAGGUGACUAGGCUCACUGUCUGGAAUCGGGGGCAAGACACGCCCAUGUGGCUGCACGCUGGCUUCGCCUCUGUCUCGCACUGA